AUGUGCUUGUUGCUUUUAGUUCUACUUGUGGCUGCAAUCAGUUUUACCACCUCAGCUACAGAGCAACUGCGGCCAUGUGGAGACGGAAAGUUGGGUUUUGCCUCUUAUUAUGGGGAUCAUAUGGUGCUACAACGAGCACCACAGAGAGCCGUGCUGUGGGGAUGUGGCCCCUUGGGAACACAGGUCACCGUUUCUGUCCAGGGACCAACAACACAGGAAAUACUUGUCUCAGUCUCAAAUGAAACGCGGAUGUGGCGAGUGAUUCUUGGCCCUGUGGAAUCUGGGGGUCCCUACAACAUCACAGCCGCUUUGACCAAUCACACAAACAGCUUUGUUACUUUGAGGGACGUCUUAUUUGGAGAUGUGUGGUUGUGUAGUGGUCAAAGCAACAUGUACUUUGAAGUGUCACAGAUAUUUAACGCAUCAGAGGAGCUUGCCCUCGCAUCCAAUUAUCCCCAUGUGCGUUUUUUUAUGGUGGGCUUAGAUAAGAAUGACAUAGAGCAGCAGGACUUGGAUAAAGUAAAUAUUCCGUGGUCUGUACCUAAUGAAAAAGACUUGGCUCCAUUCUCUGCAGUGUGCUGGUUGUUUGGGCGUUACCUGUACAAGACCUUAAAUUCCCCUGUUGGGUUGGUAGAAUCCAGCUGGGGAGGCACGACUGUAGAGGCAUGGUCCUCACACACAGCACUGAAGAAGUGUGGCCUGGAUCACAAGGAUGAAAACUACCUUGGUCCCACAGAAAACUCAGUCUUGUGGAAUGCAAUGAUUCACCCAUUGCUUCCCAUGACAAUCAAAGGGGCAAUUUGGUAUCAAGGUGAAAACAAUGCAAAAUAUCACAGAGACUUGUACAGCUGCACCUUUCCAGCCAUGAUCGAUAACUGGAGGACUGGAUUCCACAAGGGCUCAGGGGGUCAGACUGAAAUUGAGUUUCCUUUUGGAUUUGUGCAACUCAGUACAUAUGAGCAUUCAUCUACAGAUAACGGUUUUCCUGAAAUACGAUGGCACCAGACUGCAGACUAUGGAUUUGUUCCAAACUUUAGGAUGAAAAACACCUUUAUGGCUGUAGCUAUGGAUUUGCCCGAUGAUACAUCCCCUUAUGGAACAAUCCAUCCGCGAGACAAGCAGGACGUUGCAUACAGACUGACACUUGGAGCACAAGCUGUUGCUUAUAAUAAUUUUUCUACUUUCAAUGGACCUUUCCCUGACCUAAUCUUUCCUGAUAACACGUACGUUACCAUUACAUUUGAUCAGGAACUCUCAGUCUCACCAUCUGAAGACAUCUUUGAGAUUGGUUGUUCUUCAAAUUCCAUAUUCCACAUUUUAGGGUUCAAGUGGAUGCCUGCUUCCAUAAUGAAUCCGAUACGCCUGGAGAGACUGGCCCUGUGA